CCUUACACGUUUCUUCUAAUUUCGACCUAUACAUAUGUCCAUAAUAAAACUGUGAAAAUUUGUUCAACAAAUAUGCCGUAAACGUAAACAUGAACGAUGCCGAUACUCUAGUGCCGACUAACGCUGAUGCUGAUGAUAAGAAGAGUGCCGUCUCUAAAAGUCACAGCUGUAACAUCUGUGCUAAACACUACGUAAGCAGAAAAUCUCUCACAGCCCACAUCAAAGUGCACAGCCGGAAUGAGCGGUACGAGUGUGACAAGUGCAGUAAAACCUAUAGCAACCCAACUUCGUUAAAAACACACAUGAAAAAGCACGGAAGCGAACCAAGGAAACAAUGCAGAGUUUGCGGGAACGUGUUACGGAAUGAUAGUGACCUGGCAGCACACGUCGCCAAUCACGUCAAACAUGUUUGCGACUUAUGUGGCAAAGGGUAUUUCAAGAAAAUCCGCCUCGUAGCUCACAUGAGAUUGCACACCGGUGAGCGACCUUUUGUAUGUGAAACAUGUGGCAAAACAUUUGCCAAAGAGGGCAGUUUCGCCGCUCAUACGAUGACUCAUGCUAAGGAUAGACCAUUUAAAUGUGAUAUAUGUGGAAAAGCAUUCACCGUCAAAGCGUAUCUUACCGGGCACAUAAAAACGCACACGCAUAAAACGAACACUGAUCGUAGAUAUAAAUGUGAAAUGUGUGACAAACGAUUCGCGUACCAAAAUUAUCUUAUACAGCACAGGAAAACACACCGCACAGAGCGUGUGCACGGCUGCGAAAUGUGCAGUAAAUCCUUCAAAACGAAAAAUGGUGCAAGAGCUCACAUGAUAAAAGUGCACAGCUCUGGGCACCCCUAUAUGUGCUCGAUUUGUGGAAAGGAGUUUCCGUAUCCCUGCCUGCUCGAGCAGCACACGGCUUGUCACAUGAAAGAACGACCUUGGCAAUGUAAAACGUGCGGUGCAUCAUUCAAGUCAGCUAGGAUGCAUUGGGAACACAGAAAAGAGCACGCGUGUGCUUAGUCAGAGUGUGACAAAUGCUCUGAGCACUGAGCAUGAACCGGUACAAAUAUACGAUGAGUGAAAAACUUUACGAUCCAAGCAAUACAUGAGAAGAGUACAUCUCAACGAUUUCUCGUCAGAUUUACGAAUUUAUCGAGUAUGGAGAGAUCGGAUUCACACAUAUUCACUGAAAAAUUUUGAAAAGAUAGUUUCAGUUAUUCCAGUUAUUAAGAACUACGGAUUAUUGAGAGUGAGCUACAAAUUUUUGCGAUUCAUAGAAUUGAAUUUUUCACUUUCCUUCUCUUGCUAAGAUGUUGUCUUUUAUUUGCGUUUCUACUAUCUGCGAGGUCCCGCAUUUUCGGGGGAGCAGAAAAUGAAAACCCGAAAAAGGCUUAAGUGCUGUAAUUGUACAUAGUAAUAUCAUAAUUUAACUAUGUUUUUCAUUGUAAAUACACCAAUU